AUGGUCAGUGCUAUUGUGCUAUGCAGAGGGGAUGUGAACAUUAGACAAUGUCGCGCUUGUGUCAACAACGUUGCUCAAAAGCUCGUACGGUCAUGUCCCAACAAGAAAGAAGCUUUUGGUGGAUACGAUGAAUGUAUGUUACAGUACUCUGGUCGAUUAAUUUUGGGUACAACAUCGAAUUUGCCUCUACUCUACAUGUGGGACGACGCAUUUGCUUCAAAACCCGAGGAAUUUAACCAAGAGCUCAAGAAAUUGAUGGAUGUAUUGCGAGGCGUAGCUGCAUAUGGCGAUCCACUUCGUAAAUACGCCACUGGUCGGGCUAUAGAUCGGAAUUAUCAGACUAUAUAUGCACUUGUGCAAUGUACUCCUGACUUGUCCCCUCAGGAUUGCUACGAUUGCCUAACGGACGCUUAUGGAGCUAUGGCUACUUGUCCCUAUAAUGGGCAAUUGUACAGAAUUAGCAUUAACCCUACAAUUGAUUUUGAACACUGUUUUGAUAAGUAUACUUUUCUUAAUCCAAUGAGUAUACUUUUUACAACUCCAAAGUCUAGAAAAUUAAGUACUCAAAAAAAGUUUACUGACCCAACUGGAGCAGGGAAGAGUGGAAGACUUAAUUGGUCGCGAGAGAAUGAUGCAGCUAAACAUUAA